AUGGACACUACAGCUCCAGAAAUUAACCCUGAACGUCUACAAUUUGUCGACACCGAGCGAAAUCCACCGGCUGACGAUCCGAAGAGCACCGCGCGCUAUUUGGCACAGAAAUGGGUUAACAACCCGAAAGCAUGCUGCAAUUUGUCAGGUUUAGAAUUGGACGUUAACCAAAUGCUCGAAGAAGCCAGACUCGACGGC